AUGGCUUCAGUUCACACAUCGUCAACGCCGACACUCGUGGAGUCUCUCUCCGCAGCACUAGCACUUCGGGAAACCAAGUCUGCCCGCCGGAGAUUAACUGUUCUACCCCGGACGGCGGUAGACUUCUCUUCCAAUGACUUCCUCUCAUUGUCAACGUCGCCCGCCUAUCGCAAAGGGUUUUUGGCGCUUCUGAACAACACUCCUCCGUCAUUUCCCUUUGCCAGCGGCGGUUCUCGGCUUUUGGACGGGAAUUCGGCGUAUGCGGAAGAGCUUGAAAACUUUGUCGCGGACUUUCAUCAAGCUCCGACGGCAUUGCUGUUCAAUUCAGGCUAUGAUGCUAAUGUCGGAGUGCUCUCCAGUCUCCCCCAGCCCGGGGAUGUGAUUCUGUAUGAUGAGCUCAUUCACGCCAGUGCUCACGAGGGAAUGCGUCUCUCCCGGGCGGGGGCUCGGAAGAUGUUCCCUCACAGUUCGCCAACAGGCUUAAAAGAGGUUCUCCAGGCCCAGAUUGCGGUGGAUCCAGCGAUUCGGAAUGGCAGCCGUAAUGUCUUUGUGGUUGUUGAAUCGAUAUACAGCAUGGACGGAGAUGUGGCUCCUAUCAAAGAGUUCAUUCAAGUUGUGGAUGAUCUGCUCCCUGCGGGUAAUGGAUAUUUCUAUGUUGACGAGGCGCAUGCGACUGGUGUAUUUGGACCCAAGGGGGCUGGAGUAAUCCAGGAACUUGGUGUACAAGAUCGUAUGUUCAUUCGAGUACAUACCUUUGGCAAGGCCCUGGCCAGUCACGGAGCCAUGGUGCUCUGUGGACCUGAGACGAGGGACUACUUGAUUAAUUAUGCCCGGAGUCUCAUCUAUACCACUGCGCUGGGAUACCCGUUCUUGGCGUCGAUACGUGCUGCCUAUGAGCUCCUCUCAUCUGGUGAAACAAUAUCGCUACAGAAUCGACUUCAACAAUUGAUUCGACAUCUUCGACAGAAACUAGAUGGACUUCAUACCCAUCCAUCUGUCAUGUUUGAGGUCGACCAUUUCCCCACAUCUCCCAUCAUCUCCCUUCGCACAUCACAGCCACGACAGCUGGCCAGUUCGUGUCAAGAGAAAGGAUUCAUCGUUCGGGCAAUUAUGCCCCCCACCAUCCCCGAUGGAAAAGAGCGGGUACGAGUUUGCAUGCACGCAGGCAAUACGGAAGCCGAGAUUGAUGGCUUGGUGCAAACGAUUCAGCUGUGGCUAGACGACAGUCGUAAACGGAUAGCGAAGAUAUGA